AUGAGUCCAACCAAACCGAAGGAAAACAACCCCCAUAAUGGGAUAAGUAUCCCGGGAGAGGAGCGUCCCAACCGAUCCCCUGUCGAGAUCCACCAUAAUUAUCCACCUGCUAUGGCUGAACCCAAUCCAAGCAGCGAAACCGGCGAAAGGGGGGGUACUGCAAAUGAAACGACUGCACGCAAGGCACAUAAAAAUUACCCAUUUUUAGAUCAUUGCGAUCCUAGAGCAAGCCCCAAGCCUGCUUCGCCGUUACGAUUUUCGAAGAUAUCGGCCCCACCUACAUCCGCUCGGAAUGGGGAAUUUAUGUAUUCCAUAUUUUCUUUUCAUAGCAUUUUACGGCGGUUCCAGGGGUUAGAGUGCACGAAAAGGAAUGAUGUGAUGGCUAAUAUGCUUUUAGACCUCGAUCCGAUGUCGAUGCCGUUAGUAUCGGCAAAGAAUGCUCAUCCCUCAGAAAUGGUCCUUCACACCAUCAAUGCUUCGAGUACCUCGACAGCAAAGGGCACCUUUCUACCGGUGGUGACCCCUCGCGAGAACCUCCACAACUUCGCCUUAGAAAGCUACCUCCGUCGCCACGGAAAGCCUCUGAAAUUCCACUCGUUCGAAGAUGAGCCGAAACACCGGAGAAGUCUUCAGAAAGGCAAUCUUACGGCAUCCAUGGGUCGCCCUUCCUUUGGUAAGGAGGCAGCUGUCUAUUCCAUCCCCUUAUUGGAGGAGAACGUGCACCAGCCAGCUUCGGGGGCAGGCUCUACGGCGAAGAAGAGCUCCGAAAAGACGGUUCCUUCAUUGAUGAUGCCCUUGGAAGGGGUGAAAGGGGAACUCCAGCCCGUUUCUUUAGGUUUGACGCACAGCAACAGCUCCCCCCCGGAUGGCUCCACGGUGCUUAGCGUGGGCAGCGAUUCCAACAACAUAUGCGAGAAGUCGGUGGUAUUCGAUGUGAAUGAGAGAGGGAAUCCAGUGUCGAAGAAGCAGACCACCCCUCACCGCAGCCCUUUUGAAGUUGGCUUCACACCUACUAAGAUGUGUAGUAGUAACACGCCCCGGGAAGCAUUUCAUCCACUUCAGCUUCAUCUCACAGGGGUGUCCAAUUCUCUCAAAUAG